AUGGAUUAUCUCUCUAAGCCCGGGUUGCUCAGUGUCCUCGCUGGAGUUGCGUGCGGAGUGUGCCUGGGAUGGGGCAUUCGCGGGAGGCUUUUAAGGCAGCCCAAAGCCGGGAUUGCGACCAACCUGGGGAGCGAAGCUAAUGUCAUGGGCGAGUCCGGGGAGUUCAAGAUGGUGCUGAUUGUCCGCAAUGAUUUGAAGAUGGGCAAGGGUAAAGUAGCAGCGCAGUGUUCCCAUGCUGCUGUUUCUGCCUACAAGCAAGUUCAGAGAAGAAAUCCUGAGCUCCUGAAACAGUGGGAGUACUGCGGCCAGCCUAAAGUGGUCCUCAAAGCUCCUGAUGAAGAGACUUUGAUCCAACUCCUGGCUGACGCUAAACACCUCGGACUGACUGUGAGCUUAAUACAAGAUGCGGGUCGUACUCAGAUAGCUCCAGGCUCCCAGACAGUCCUUGGUAUUGGACCGGGACCAGCUGAUGUAGUAGAUAAAGUUUCUGGUCACCUGAAACUCUUCUAA